UUAAACUUGUAACACCACCGUAAUGAAAGUGACAGUUCCGAAGUUUAUAUUAACGUAGACUAAAGGUCUCAGAAGGCGGAAACGGACCCUUCUCUGCUGCAUGAUGGAGAGUGUGCUCUCGGAAGAUUUGUAUCGAAAUCCCCAUCGGCUCUCCCACUGUGGAAAGACUAUCUCAUUUAACUGCAAACGGGCUCCGGGCACAAAUGACAACGAAGGAAGCGAGUUAAUAUUCUGCAGUCUUUCAUUUGAACGGGAAGGGAACACGUUUCUGAAGGCAGCUGACGGAGCGGCUGUCAUCAGCAGGAAAAGAUUAGCUCAUGUGGAUAUUGUGAAAUGUAAAAGCGUCACGGACGCUCAUAAGAGAGCCACGGCGCCAUGUGUUUUAGUGAUAAAGAAGAGUGAGAAAAGAAGCAGUUUUCAGUACAGUCUUCUCACACUGAGCUCUUCAAACCGACUGGAACCCUGUGUGGAGUUUAAACUCCCUUAUCAAAUGAAGGGGGCUGUGUAUAUUCUCCAGGGUCCAACUGUGUUGUGGAGGCAUGAAGGUGGUGUCCUUUAUACAUCCCCGCAGGCAGAAGGAGUGAGACAGGUUCCCAUUCAUUUCUCCCACUGUGUUGUAGGUGAACUCCCUCUCCAUAAAGGACAGGUGUUUGUUCUCGGGCUGCAAAAGCUUCCAGAAGAGUCCACUAGCCAAACCCUUGGCUAUUUUGUUGAAGAUGGACAAGUGUUUGAUGGCAGUGUGAUUUUACCUCAUCUAUACAUUAGCAUCACACAGUGCAUCUUGGUGGUUGCGGCUGACAGAGUGGAUGGUGUGCUUAAAUGUGAUGUAGUUGCAGCAACAUCUAAUCGGCAACUUGUUUAUUUUGAGAAUGGAGUAGUAAAAGAUGUUUGUCAGUUACCCUUUGAGCAACCUGAAAAUAUUCAGGUAGUUAACACAGGAAGAUAUGGUUCUCUGUUUGCUGUAUCCUUUUGUGAGGGGCAUGUUUGCACCAUAUGGAAGGAAACUUUUCAGAUAGCUGCCCUCUGGUCAAGUGUCACCUCCAUCCAUGUGGAUGACUUCCUGGGGUGUGGAACAGACCAGAUGCUGCUGGUUUUUAAGGAUCGAGUUAUAGCAUUGGAAGAAUUCCUCAUCACUGACCUUUGUGGUAUUUCAUUUUCUCAUGGCCAGGACACUGAAGCACCAAAGACAUCCCCUCCUCCACCAGAGAACUAUCUCCUUACACUUAAAGCUUUGGAAUCAAGACUGCAGAGUGGAUUGACUGUGCUUCAAGAGCUUCAGAGAGAAGUGACAGUGAAGGAAAGCGUUCUACGGCAGUCGGUCAAAGCCCUUACUGAUGUGGUCUCAGAAAGAGAGCCUGUUCUCACACAGCAUGAGCAGGAAGGGCUUAUUGCUCUGUGGGACUCUGAUGAUGAGUCAAAGAACGAGGCCUUGGAUGACAAGAUUCACGACAUCCCAGCGGUGUCUUCAAAACCUCGAAUUGACAAGCUGUGGCAUCGCACCACUGAGGGCCGAAUGGUUGUGGGAGUGAUACUAACUACUGACAGAUCAGCACCAGUUACCAAUGUGAGCUUAUCCAUCCUGACAGACACGGGCCAGUGCUCAAGGCCCGCAGUCAUCCAGACCCAGAGCCAAGUGUUCUGGCUCCCUGCGGCCUGCUCCUCGCCAUCAUCAUCCUCCUCCUCUUCCUUCUCUGCCUCCACAUUCCCAGAGCCCCCAGCCAAAAAAAGCAAGCAGCACAACGCCAUCAGCACCAAUGAUCUCAACGCAUGCAGAGUGGCUGUGACUGCGGUGACCAAGCUGACACCUCUGUUGAACUCUGGCCGUGUCAAGUGCCAUGUCAUGCUCCAUUACAUCCAGACACCAGAUGCUUUUUCCUUCAUGAGCAACCAAAGACCAGUUGUGUUGCACUGUGGCCAAGUUGCUUUAGACAUUCAGAACAAUUUGCACACUGAGCUGCUUAAAACUCCCCAACUCAUAGCAGAUGAGGUUAGAGAGGACUUCCUGAGUCUUUUAGCUGUGCUCGAUCACUGGGUCUUCCAUAUAGACUCUCCUGAAUACAGCUUAGGUGACAUAAAUGGCUGGAUUCAAAAAAGAGUGGGUUGUAAGAAGAUAGAAGUGAGCCCUCAGUAUCUACUAUUAAAUUCUUCAGGACCAUCUGCUCUCAUGCUGCUCAACUGGCAUCAGAUAACCCCUUUCCAGGGAGAGCUGCAUGUCCAUUCCAGCCAGUUACAGAUGUUCCAGUUCUUGGACUCUCUGCUGGCGUACCUCCCCGAGUCCUGUUCCAUCCAGCCUCUCAAAGGUGCUGGAGGUAAGGGUGCAUCUAAAAUGUUUGCCUUAGCGCUGGAAAAAGAGCUGGUGUCUCUCAGAGAGUAUGCCUCAUUACUACUCUGCGAAGAAGAUGAAGAGAAGCUAAAGGAGAAGUGCUUUGGAUAUAAAGAAACCCCUGAUGCAGGUUCUGUAGAGGGGCUCCAGAAGUGUAGAGCGAUGUGCCAGAGGGACUUGGAGAGGAGCAAUAUGAAGUUGAGCCCCCUGGUGGAUGUGGGGCAGUAUCGUAGGCUGAUCCAAAGCAUGUCGAAAAUCCAACUUAAUGGGGAUUUGGCAGCACUCUUAGACAUUCAGUUUUCUCCACUAAUGUGCUGCAGUGGUUUUCAUGGUUAAAAAUCCCACCUCUAAGUAGCUCUUUAUUUCUUUAUUGUGUCUGGUGUAAUGACUAAAAAGAUACAUUUUACCACAAAUGAGAACCUAGCCGCUCUGCACAGCCUCUUUGUAUUUAUGCCUUUCUAGUGUCUAUUGAUAAAAGCCUCAGCCCAUUUCAAUUGGACCAUGUGGGAUUCUUAAAAUGACACCUUUAUGAUGCAGCCCUCUGUUUAAUUUAUUUUUCUAUUUAUGUCCUUUUAGACUAAUGUGUUCAAAAAUGCCCUUUUAUGUCUGUUGCUGCCUGCAGCCACAUGCUAGACAGAGAUCACUUUCAUCCAGGAGUCAGAAACAGUUUGUGUUAUGAAUAAAGACACCACAUGAUGGUUUUGCGACGCUUUAUGCUUCUCCUCACUGUUUCUCCUCACAUAGUUGACUGAAAGCUUUUAGUGGUACUUUCCCCUCAUGGUUCGGUUAUUUUUGAUGCGUAAGGAUGUAAAGAAAAAGAAGUCCUUGGAAGAUGUUUGUGCUGCGAUGCUGCACAGCCUGUCAGUGCUGUAGUUACGAUGCUAUUCAUUCAAGUAAACAUCAAAUCGUACUCAAAACGGCUCGAUACUUAAGGUUUGUGACAGCUUGAAUAGUAGCGUUGGCUAAAAGGGAGGGCAAGAGGUUAUUUCCUCCCAGUGGAAUUUAAUUUAGUUUGUUCUGGGAGCUACUCCAUCUGUAUGUAGUACUUUUUUUUUUUUUUACACCUUUAUUUUCUCUGCUUCAUUGCGUUAAAUGCUACCGCAGGAUUCAUUGUCACAGAAUGGGAACAUAAUUACUUAAAGUGGGCCUAUUGUGAACAUUUUUGUAACCAGACGAGAUUGGCAGGAUUCACAGUUCGCAAUAAUGCUUGUUUGUCUUAUACUGGACAUUUCUUUAUAAGGCAACUCUCCCCUUCAAGCCAUUAUGUGAGCUUGUGCCUUAAAUUAUAAUAUUAAGAGCUUCCCUCUAUCUUUAACAUCAUACAGAGAGAGAGAGAAAAGAGUCUGAGUGUUUAGCUUUUUAAAAAGGUUUAACCACUGUAAGCACAGUAUACAGAAAAUAAGGACAAGCAUAAUGUAUCACAUUUAAAAGAUUCAGAUUAUGAGGGAUUCUUUAUGUCCUACCAUUUGAUGGUAAGACUGCUGUGAGCUAAUGAAUUGUUAAUUGAAAAUCCUUUAUUUUGUUAUUUUAUGGUACAAAAUAAUCCUCGAACUUCAGCUGCUAUGCAGGCUGAUCAUACACACCGGCAUGUAGUCUCUCACAUACAGAAGGAAGCCCAUCCCCUUUUGUCUGUGAUAUAAACACCUCUGUCACUUCUAGCCCCGAAGAAAAACUUUGAAUCCUCUACAGUAAAUAACACCAGUAAAUGGCUGGAGGGAAACGGAUCCACAUGUGGAAAGGAAAAUUCAAUUGUUUUGGUAUUCCCUUAGAGCCCUGAGUGCUGCCACACAAAUAAAAAACAUGGUUUGUCGUCCUAUUAUUUCCUGUUAAAUUCUAUUUACUGUGAGUGGUACAGGACCUCUGCAGGGUUUCUGGCCUCCUCCUCCUCCUCACCUUAAUCAGAAAAUUUUCUGCCGUUAUCAAACUUAUCAGGCAAGGGGAAAACAAAAUGUAUGCGACCCAUCUUGAGGCAAUUUGCAGACAAAUUGAUAAUGAACAGAUUCCUACAUUAUCUGACACCUGUGCCGACGCCUCCCACCUACAGCGAUUUUAGCGUGGAAGCCAGUUUCUACCAAAAUAAAUUAAGAAAAUUAACCUUUUUCUUUCGUUUUUUUUUUUUUUUUUUUUUAACGUUACUUGGAAUUGAAAUGCCAUAAUUUUGCUAUCUAAUUAGAAUAAUUUUCAUGCUUGAUUCCAUAUCUAAUCUUUGUAAUCCUAUUUAAAUGUUUUACACUCUGCGCUCAAAGUCAGCACAUUUUUUAAAAUCUGAAUUUUGAAAGUAUUUUUGUGGAUAAUAAUAAGCAAUAACAUAAAGAUACCGUUGCACUGGAAAGCAUUAUUAAGCUCAGGUGAGUUUAUAUCUGCCACAACUAUAUAUAACAAAUAAGGAUAUGCCAUUUGUUUACAUCUGAAUUACAGCUGAUGUGAUCCCCAUGAUGAAUGAUGCUUUUAACCAUGCUUAUACUGGCCCUCUGAGACGAAGGCACUGAUUUUGUGUUUCCAGUCGACUUAUUGAUCCGGGGUCACAGGGCUUUUUCUCUGGUAGAUUCUGGAACUCACUUGAUCAGCCAAACGGUAUGGAAGGGCAUUGAUUAUCUACAACAUAAUGCAUCGUGCACACACACACACAGACAGGCUAUAUCAUUCUGUAUCCAGUGAGCUCCCAUGUGAGAUGACACUCAAUUUCAAAGAGGGAGAAUUCUCAUGAGUUAGCAACAUUUGCAUUUAUUGUUUCCAUAUUUAAAAUAUUUAACCUACAAACAGUCUUUUUUUGGAACAUCUCACCACAGAUAAUUAGAGAUUUCUAAAACCAGUUGUAGUUAACAGUAUUUGUUGAGGUUGCACCUUUUGCAUACAAAUUGCUGACAUAGCAGGCCCAUUGUUGUUAAGCCCUUAGGCCUAAUAUUACAGUCUUUAUAGGGUUUUCAUGCUUUAGAAUGGUCCACCAGGGGUGACUAUCAUGGCCAGUUUACAGAAUUAAAAAACUGAUUAAAUAAACAUAGUCACAAUGCUGUAGAUUUUCCUUUUCGUCUCUUUCUUAUAUCUCUUUCUGCAUAAAAACAUUAAAUGAUGCUAAAGAGAGGAAUAAUACUGAAUUUAUAUCAUGUGAACAUCAUCUGGCCACUUUUUGUUAGCUUUUUGUUCAAUACUAUGUUUCCCUAAGAUAAGCAAUUGAAAGGAAUAUAGUUGAUGUCAUGUUAUUAUUUUUUUAUAGAAACAGUUUGCAGUGUGAGUUCAUACACACUGGAGAGAAAAGACUACAGAUCAAUAGCAGUUUGUCACAUCUCCCAUUGAUCCAAUUUCGCAUUUAAAAUAGUGGACACCGCAUAUGCAAUGAAGUCUUCACAAAACCGUCCCUGUUUGUAGUUUAAGUGUAAUCUGAGCAUCAUGUAAGCAUAAUCCUCUGAAGAAACCCUGAAACUCAUUCCGCCUUACCAGAAUAUAGUAGAAAUUGUGUUUGUGAUUUAAUGCAGUAUUUAUAUCCAGGCUUAAGAGGCACCAUUGGUGAAACCAGGCACAAGUGUUCUUAAGUUCAUUAAUUUCCUGCUUUCCUCUAAGUGGCCAUAUCAACACCGGUGCAGUUACUAUGGCAACCUUCAUGUAAUGCCUCUCAGACCUCACAAACCAGCCUCAGUAAACCUUGCGGAUGAUGGAAAGUUGUUUCCUCUUAUAAAUUAUAAGCUACAAAUAAUUUUUCUUUCAUAAAUCGUUCUACUGAACUUGAUCGUACGAGGGCUGUUUCAUCCUUGCAUAUUCAAACAGCAGUAACACUGGGCAGUGGUGUAGAGCUCUGGCAGUGUAAUGGCUGGUGUUUCCAAGUGCGGAUUAGUAUCGCUGAUUAGUUUAUAAUCCCUGUGUUUUAAGCACUAAAAAGCAGUUGGAUGAUUCAUGUGACCUUCUCAAUAAACCCACCACAGCCCAUGUAUUCUGCACUAAAUAAAAAACAGGGUUGAAUGGAUGCUAGCGCUGUCAACAGAAUGGCAAUUACUAACAUUAUUGGACACCUAAUAUAUUAGUAUGCUCUUGUGAAAAAGAGUGUGCACACAUUUUUACUUGUAAAGUUUUGCAUAACAGAGCAUAUUUUUUAAAUAACCACAGUAACCACAACAUCAGAUGAAUAACAACAUGUCAUAUCAUAUUGUCUUUUUUUAUUUAAUAAAACUUAAGACAAAAUCCAGAAACUGUGUGAAAAAUUACAGUACAUGCUUACUGUUCCAUUGAAUUUAAGAGGGUAAGUAGCAGACUGAUCAUCAGUAAGUGUGAGCACAUCUAUAAAAGCAGAUUUUUUGGCAGUUUGCUGGUCUGGAACAUUUAGAUGUGUGUUAACAUGGAAGAAAGAUACCAGGAGGAGGAACACGAGCAAUGAACCUAGAGAAAGAGUUGAUGCUGCCCAUCAAUCGGAGGAGGUUUAUGAAACAUUUUCUAGGCAAUUUAUGUCUGUUAUUCUGUCUGUUAUUCUAUUGCGCGAAAGUGGAAAGUUGCCAAUCAUCGCAGGAGUGGACAUCCCAGCUAACUGCAAGGUCAGAUCAUACAAUGAGAGAGAGAUUGCAACAAACACAAGAGCUGCAUCUCAGACAAUAAUGCACAGACCAAACACAGCAUAUCAGCAGAAACACCUCCUACCAGCUGUAAAGCACAGUGGUGGAAAAGUGCUAAUUUCGGCUGGUUUACAGCCACAGCACCUGGAUCAGUGUAUCCACUAUGAACUCCUCUAUGUAGCAAAGUAUUCUAGAGUCAAAAUGAGGCCAUCUGUUUGACAGGUACAGCUUGGCUGAAGCUGCGUCAUACAAUAGGAGAAUAAUCCUGAGCAUGGCGGUAAACCAACAAAAGAAUGCCUAAACGAAAAAGAAUCAAUGUGCCACAAUGGCCCAGUCUAAGCCCAGACCUCAACAUGAUUGAAAUGCUGUGGCAGCACAUUAAGAGCGUAGUGCAUAAUUUAGUGGCCACAAACCUCAAUGAACUGAAGCAAUUUUGUAAAAAAGAGUAAACCAAAAUUUCCCCAAAUUAAUACUUCGAGUUGCUGCUGAAAAGGGUUCUAUAACCUCCUGAACCCCAGUGCUUCUCCAUUUUCUCUCAGUUUUUUUAAAAUAAAUAAUCGCAGUGCUUAUCUGAGGUGGUGUUUUAAUAAUCUUAAACCUGGGAAAUACAAGAUAGUUGGGUUUUUUUCAUUUUUUUUUGUCCUGAUACACAAAACCUUCACGACUGUAUAUCCAUCUGUACAUAUAGGACUAGGGUAGUGGUUGCAUUUGUUUGAGCACAAAUGCUGUAACAACAGGUGUAAACCAUCUAACGGACAUAUUUGUUUGUAAACAAUAAAUACAUUUAGGUAUAUAAUUGCCGUUUUAUGCCUCUGGAGCCGUGCCAGUAUUUUCCCUUCAGCUAGUAGGCACGCACCAGCUGAUGGAAUCUCUGUAUUACAGUGUGAAGUCCAUUAUCAUGCAUUAAUGGAAACCUACUGUCAGAUCAUAUCUAUGUCACCUCAGGCCACCCAGUGAUCCAUGCCAUGUGUCAUCACCCUGACUUAUCAGCUUGGCAAAGAGAAGUGGCAGUGUUUUCAUUUUCUUAGAUCUGCAACCGAGCACAAAAAAGUAUUUUUGUGUGUUUGUGCCGUUUUUUUUUUUAUAAGGCAUCCAUCUUUUAUUGUUGUAGAAGAAAGCAAUGCAAACUAUAAUCUCAUCAACAAAUGGAUGAAAAUGUCAAUUCAGAGGACUGGUCACUUCUUUAUAAAUGACAGGAGACGCAGAAAUAAAGUAAAUAUGGUGCACGGUCAAUUUUAUUGAUGUACAGACCAAUAAAUAACCUUUUUUCAUGAAUAGCAUUCAAGAAAAGAGUUUGUCACCACAGUAUAUAAGGAGUGCAAGGGUCAUUAGCUGCUUUGUACCAUUACUGUUAUGCAGAUCUGUCCUUCACUUUUCAGUCCAUCUACAAACAAAUAUCAUCAGCCAGCAACAAACAAGUGAAGGGAAACAGUCCACAGCGGAAGUAUACAGAAAGAUAUUAUUUUAUAACAAACAUAACUUUUUCCCAUUACAAUAAAUAUUUUAUUUGUCUAAAUCUACAAAAACAUAGCUCAAAUUCUAAAACUAUACCUUACAUACCUGGGGGUAUUAACCCUGGAAUUUAAAAUAAUUCACGUGAAUACGGGCGUGUGAUAACAUUUAGCAACAUAGUGCAUGUUCACAGUUUGUGGGCUUACCUAUACACUUGUUCAAAAUAAGCCAUUAUACCUUUUUCAUGUGAGAUAUAUGAUAUUUUGCUAAAUAAACUGCACAAGAAUGAAAAGCAAAGUUAAAGACAUCAACAAAAAGGUGACAUCAUUUCCGAAUAUUUAUAAUUCACUUAGAGAAAAAGGAAACGUUGUUAAGUACCUUUGGAUGUCUGGCCACUGGUAGAAAAGCUCAAAGGCUGCGUUCAGCUGUGAUAGACCGCCCAAAAGGGGAAAACAGAGAAGCGUAGCACUUUAUCCGACCAAAUUGUUGACAUCUAAGGCCUCAGGAUUUAGUAAAAAUGCAGAACCCAAUUCCUGAUUCCAGAUUUUCAUCUGACUUAUUUAUACCCAUGCCUGAGACAUUUACUGCUGCUUAGUUUAGUGCUCUGCUCGUAUAGUUCGAAACAGUGGUUCUCAAAGUAAAGCCAGGGGAUCCACAAGGGUGAAAUUAUGAGCUAAAGACAGAUUGUUUUCUAUCAUUUAAAAGGGAUUGGAAUCAUUUGCAGCACUAAAUUGGGUGCACCCCAUGUUAUAUUUGGGCCAAUAGAAACUCUGGAAUGAUUAUGACAGAUGAUAUCAAUCUUAUGUGAAACCACUUACAGUGCUGUGAGAAAGUCCCCUUUCUGAUUUCUUACUCCUUAUUUAUUUCUUUAUUUGCAUAUUUGUCACACUUGAAUAUUUCAGAUCAUCAAAUAAAAUGUUAGUGUUAGAAAAAAAUAA